AUGAGUGUUUCUUACAGUUCCGUGGAUAGCCAUGCUUUGGAGCAAUCAUUAGAGUUCAUCAAAUCAGUGAUGUCCAGUGGAGAUGGAGCAAUAUGCGCUGACGGCUCACCUGCAUCGUAUCAUCGCCAACCUGUUGUAGCCGUCGUGGGAGCUGCUGGCAGUCAAGUAUCGGUGAUGGUCGCCAGUAUGCUACAGCUUUUUCGGGUUCGCGAGCUUGGAUGGACGUACGUUCAUGCCAUUGCUGAUACGGGGUCUUACGGUGAACGAGGCAUGGAUUCCUUUCGAGCAGCCGCCACCGAGAUGGGUAUCUGUAUAGAUGGAGAUGUGCAUAAGAUCAGUCGACGAUGGACCGAUAAGAACUACCGCGACCUCCUCAUACGUAUGCAUCAUACACGAAAAGCACGCGGUGUAGUAAUGUUCGUCGACGAGGACAAUCUAAAACGUUUACUUCAUACCUUGGAUGCGUUAAUCACGGAGGGUCAUAAAGAGCUGCAUCGCCAUUUUUGGAUGAAUGUGGCAACACAGAUUUCCAUCGAUGUAGUCUUUCCACAUCACGGUUUUUGGGCGAACGUUUACAGAAGUAUUACCGAAAUGUAUCACUUAGCGCUGUUAACUUAUAAUGAACCACCACUCAUUGACGCCAAUGGAGAUGGGAUUGGACGCUACGACGUUUUCCAGCUUAACGAUAAGGGCAUCUAUCAGAAGGUUGGCAAGUGGCGGUCGAGUGAGGAUUCGUUCGAGGUCCGAGUUGAACAAGUACGUCGCGGAUUUCGUCUGGCCCCCGGCGAGAGCCCACUCUCCGUUUGUUCCGUCGAUUGCCCUCGGGGACAUUACCGAUGCGAGAUGUGCCCAGAAGGUGAAGUACCAGACGUAGAGACACAAAGCUAUUGCUUACCCAUUCCUCCAGUCUCUAUGAGCUGGGACACUGCUUGGGCAUUAAUUCCUGCUGGUUUCUCGUUGCUUGGUUUGUCCUCGACUAUAUUUGUCGUAGGCGUUUUCUUGAAGUUUUCGGAUACGCCUGUGAUUAUGGCUUCCGGUCGUGAGCUUUGUUACUGUAUGAUCAGUGGUAUCUCAAUGUGCUACCUCCUUACAUUCUUUCUCGUAUCACAGCCUUCAAUUCCGACAUGUGCUUGUACAAGGGUCUUGAUGGGACUUUCUAUGUCAGCCAUCUAUGCUGCUAUUAUAACCAAAACUAAUCGAUUAGCUCGGGUAUUUAAGCCGGAUAGCGCUCAAAGACCACGGUAUAUCACCCCGAGGGCUCAGGUGGGUAUUUGUGCUUGUAUCGUAUCAGUGCAACUCUUCGGUUCACUUGUGUGGCUAGUUGUCGAUCCACCCGGCACA